AUGGUCUCUAAUGAACAUCAGCAAAAGAAUCAUCCUCUAUCAAAUUUAUCCCUUUUAAAAUCAUAUUCAUCAUUACCACCUCAACAUCCAAUUCGAUUUAUUGGGUUAUCUGCACAAGUUUUUUUUUAUUAUUUAGGUUAUGGGUAUUUACAAGAACUUUUAUUCACAUUGGAAGGUUUUAAAAAUACAUCUUGGUUUUUAUCAUGUUAUCAAUUUUUUAUUUAUGGUGUUCUUUCAUUUAUUCAAAUUGGUUUUGUUGGAUUAAGCCAACGAAGAGCAAGUUAUCGAUCUUAUUUAAUUCUCGCUUCACUCAGUGUAGCUACUAUGGGUUUAUCAAAUCAUUCAGUUGGCUAUUUAAAUUAUCCUACACAAGUCAUGUUCAAAUGUUGCAAAUUGAUACCGGUACUGAUUGGCGGCAUUAUUAUUCAAAAAAAAAAAUUUAAUCGUUAUGAUGUUGCUGCUGCUUUUUGUAUGUCAAUUGGAUUAGUAUUUUUUACUUUAGCUGAUUCAAAAGUUCGGCCAAAUUUUAAUUCAUACGGUGUAAUUGUCAUUUGCUCAGCUCUUGUUGCUGAUGCUAUUAUUGGCAAUUAUCAAGAGAAAAUUAUGAAAACGCAUCAUGUUUCUAAUGUUGAAAUAGUAUUUUAUAGUUUUAUGUUUGGUUUUUUUAUCAUUUUAACUGGUCUACUAUUAACAAAUAACUUCUUUUCAAGCAUGCAUCCUCUUCCAACUUACGGUUAUGGUUUACUAUUUUCUCUUUUUGGUUAUUUGGGUAUGGAUAUUGUUUUAACAUUGAUAAAAGAAUACGGUGCAUUAAUCUGUGUUACUGUUACAACAUGUCGAAAAGCAAUAACAAUCAUAUUAUCAUUUGCACUCUUUUCAAAACCAUUUGUUUUCGAUUAUGUUUGGUCUGGUUUAAUUGUUGUUUUUGGUAUAUAUCUUAAUGUUUAUAGUCGAAAUCAAGCAGCAUUUAAUGCUAAAUUUGCAUCUUAUACUAAUAGUUUAUUUAAUUUCUGUUGGUGUCCAAAGUUUUCAACAUCAAUCACAUCUCGAAUAUUACCUGUUUAA